GCCGCGGAGAAUUUUGAACGAAGUCGUCGCCUGAAAGACACAGGCACACACAAAAACCACCACCACCACCAACGGCUUUUUGGGUCGUCGCGCGCACUCGGUCACGCAGUUGAAGGCAGCUGAGGGAAAAAGAACGAGGAACGAACACACGCCCAGCAGAGGCAGGUGGAAAAUGACUAGAGAAAGGUGCUUGAAAAAGUCAUUUAAGGACAGUCUGGAAGAUAUAAAAGAACGAAUGAAAGAAAGGCGAAAUAAAAAAUGGGCACAGUUGGGCAAAACCAAGCAAGUCUUAUCUGUCAACAGCAAAAUUGCAAACAACUCAUCUACACUGAUGAAAAGCUUUCAAACAAACAAUCGAGCAUUAGCUCUGGCUUUGGAAGAGGAGAAGAGCAAACUGAGGGAAGCACAAGAUACAAUCCUGUAUUUAAAGAGAGAAUAUCAGACUCUGAAAUUUCAAGUGUUUGCCUUGCAUAGAAAGCUGGCAUUACAACAAGGAAAAGAGCAUUCUGAGACUAGAUUAAUUGCUUUGAAGGAGAUUAUUUCUAAAGUUGUUCAAGAUCUACUCAAUGCAACAAGUCUUCUUGGUUCAGCAAAUAAUCAAUACAACACGGCUCUUAACCAGACUCUCAGUGCCUCCAAUGCUAAAGAGUGUGAUUCUAGCAAUGUAAGAAGCCAAGAUUCCCUGGCACAUCUAAGGCAUAUCCUUUCUGUAGAUGCAAGCAAGCCAGAUAAAACAUCUGGAACAGAAUUAAAAGAUAAUACAGAUACAAAUUAUUCAGAUGUUGCAGCUGAUUCUCAGCAAGAUGUUAUGACUGAAGAUGUUUUUUCAACAUCAGAGAUGGAUACAGGUUGGCAAACUAGUUCCCACUGUCAUAUGGAGUAUGAGAACAGAAAUGAAGAGAACAUGCAAUUUGUUAGUAGCUUACUAAAAAAUGUAUCUAUCCGCCGUCACUACUCCAGGAUCAAAACCCAGAAUCCAUUUGAUGCAUCUGAUGGUAGCAGUCCAGAAGUACUUGAGCAGAUAACAGAAUGUUGCCAACAAGAUAAACCUGACCCUGAAUCAGGCUUGGUGAAAAAUAAUGAACAAUAUGAAGAAACUUACGUUUCUCAAGAGAAACAUAAGAGAAACACAGACAAAACUUUGGAACAGCCUAAUGUGUUACCUGAAUCAAGUACCCCAACAGCAGCCCCCAAACAAACUGAUUUUAAAAUCGUUGGAGGUUCUCAAACACACAAAGAGAGAGACCAGAAAAGAAAAUUGGAAACAAAAACUAGAUCCAGGACAAGGUCCAGAAAAGAGAGAAGCCAUAAUAGGAAGUGCUGUUCCAAAGAAAAAACAGAUAGAUCAACUGGUUCCAAUGAUGCUUAUGAUUUUGUUUUUGAGGAGUGUGUCCAUAUCACACCAUUCCGACAAAACAAAGUUGAAGAGAAUAACACCCAAGAAAAAAAUAAUAGAGAAGAAACAAAAACUUCUUGUAACGAAUCAUUUACUUCAGAAGAGGACUCUGAUGAUAGUCAGUAUGUGCCUUGCAUGAAAAAAUCCAGGAAAAGUUUAGAAUACACAACUGAUGGCAGCCCAAGACACACAAGGCAACAAUCAAGGAACGUUGUGAAUGAACAGCAUGGCAGUAGUCCUGAUGGGAAAAACAGGAAUACUAAAAAAUCUGAUAAUUCUGCAGAUAAGGAAAAUGUUGAAGCAGAUAAACCAUCUAGGGCUCUUCAGAAAUGUCAUCCCUGCUUUGCUGAUAUUACCAAUUUCGAAUCAACUUCUAUCCAAACUAGAGUUUCUCACCCACUGAUGAGUAAUGAAAUAAAAGGUACUCCUCGACAGAAACGUAGAUGUACUGAUCGUGUGAGCUAUAAGGAACCAAGUCUCAUUAGGAAGCUCAGAAGAGGAGACCCUUUUACAGAUAACAUAUUUCUGAAUUCUCCAAUUUUUAAACAGAAAAAGCGCCACAAUUCUCUUACAAAGAAAUCACUGCCCAGAUCUAAUGAGGUAUUUGAAUGCGUUGGUUGAUUUUAAUAACAUUUUUAGGGAACAAACCUUUUAACUUGACAAUUUAAGUAGUUGAAUUGAUAUAAAGGUAAAGUGUAUUUGCUGAAAUAUUAUUACUGGAAAAUCUUAACUAUGUUUGUACAUAAAACGGCUUUUAGAUUUUAACACACCCUGGCCCAACACAACACACAUACAGUUGCAAUUUAUGUAAUAUAUAAACAACUAGAUUUUAUAUUAAAAAUUGUAAAUAUCAAA